CAUUAUCGACGAUUUGGUUUGACUCAUAUCUUAUGGUCGUAUGUAUUCUGUUUCUAUGACAGGUUUGGCUGCAAUUAUUGCCAUCGCUGUGGCUGUUCCUCUAGUUAUUAUCAUUAUUGUUAUCGUCGUGGUUGUUGUCUUGUGUCGACGUUGUAGGGCAAGAAGAACUACAGCUACUACAGUGACGUAUACUGGUGGUGUUCAGCAACCAGGAGUUGUAGUUCCUGGGCAACAUCCCGGACAGACUCCGGGCCCCCAGUCUUUGUAUCCGCCUUCUCAGUCUUAUCCUCCACCUCAUUUUUAUCCCCCACAGCAACCUUAUCCACCACCUCAGGUUUUUAAACCGCCUAAUGAAUCAGAAAUCCAGCCACCUUCUUACGAGAUGUCGGUAGAGCAGGAACACGGUCAUCCUACACAAGUUGAUGCGUACCGUCCUCCUCAGCCAUACGGGUAUGGUCCAGCGGCAGGAAGCGGGUAUCCGCCUCAAGGCUGACACUGAGAACUAAAUGUUAGUCGCUGUUGUUUGUUGAGUAGCGUCAGGAUUGGAAUUUGUGAAGAAGUCUACUUGAUGUUGCGCUGCAAACUAGAUGGUGCUUGCUGUUUGCUGCUUGCUGAUAGAAUUAGUGACGUGCUGUGUGCAUUGAUAGGCUCGUGUCUUGUUCGCAUAUAUGUUGCUUGACUUGUUUGUCGUGUACGUCUGCACAUGUAGUUCCAGAUUACUUUUUCGUUGGUACUUAUAUCUGUUCUUUGAUGUACAAUAUUGCAAUUUAUUGAUUCCAA